CACUGCAGCUCAGCUGAACUCAGAACUCCUGACAAAAUGUCUUACAACUGUGGCUCUGGAAGAUUCUCCUCCCAAUCUCUUGGAGGUUACCUGAGGUACCCAGUUUCCCAGUAUAACUCCUUCUACCCCAGUGAUGUAGCCUACUCUCCAGGAACCUACCAGCUGGGCUCCUCUUUCCAUGGUGGCCAUCAGGAGUCUUACUCUGAGCCCAUCAGCUAUGAAACAUCCUGCCCUGGAACCAGAUCCUACCAGACAUCGAGUUAUUGCCCAAAGAACUUCAUUUUCUCCAGUCCCUGCCAAGCGAAUUACUCUGGAUCUCUUGGAUAUGGUAGCGCCGGCCAUGGAUCUUUUGGAUUUGGAAGCACUGGGUUCCAGUCUGUGGGAUGUGGGUCCAGCUUCCACCGUCCAGCUUACUUCCCUUCCAGGAGUUGCCAGUCGACUUGUUUCCGCCCAGCCAUUGGCUCUCACUAUUUUGGAUCAUCCUGCUGAAUAUUCCUGAUCCUCUCAUGAUUAUUUCUGCACUUUAUGGAACUUUAACUUUCCACUUGUCCCAUACCUGUGAUUGCUGACCAUUUUCACCACUAGGAUUCACCAUCACAGUCUCCCGGAAGUAAAUAAUUUACUGUGGACUAAGUAAUUUGGGUCUAUGAUCUUUCCUAAAUUUGACAUGAGAUUGAUCUUGAAUUUUAAUUUUUAUGCCAAUGCUUAGAAUCAAUGCUGUUGCCAUCUUUCUGAAAUUCUUCUCUCAUUUAUUUUCCCUCCAUACAGUGAUUCUUCAUUAGACUAUUUUAUUUAAAAUUAAAAAAAAAAAUUCUCUAACAUGAAUUCUGGCAAUCCAUUGUCUUGUAUUAAUAUGAUACAUUUAUUUAAUACACCCCAUACCUUCAACCAUCUUUAGUUUUUGUUUUCCCUGUUUCAUGUUUCAUUAAUAUUUUUGGACAUGAAAAGAGGAGUUUUCAGAGAAAAUUCAAAUAUAUGACACAACUAUGUCAUAUAUCUCAUAUAUUAAAAGAUUUAUGUCUUCUCAUGAGUUCAGGUGUUCUUAUAAUUGCAUCAGAAAUUUUGCUUCCAGAGGGGCAUUCAUUGACAAGAGUAUGUAUUGAGCUGCUUUGUACAACAGACAUUGUUCUGAACA